UUGUGUACCACUUCUCAGGCCAUUGGAGCGAGUUCCUCUGUUAAUCUCAUCAAUGCUGGAUCGGUUGGUGAAAUGGCGUCUGGCCUGGCUGGAACUAUCUCUGAUUCCGAGAUUAUGGCAUCCGAGGUACCAUCGGGAUUUGCCUCGACGAUGGGACUUGACAAUUCUGAAAUCGAGGCUAACCUGGAGGGAAAAUUCUACUGGUCCCAGGCUAACCGAGAAAAGGAGAAGGAGAAAGAGAUGGAGGAGGAUACCCGUUUUUAUGCAAAGUUGGCAAGCAGGACACAAUCACAGACUAACUACUUCACAAACCGUCGAGCAAGUCAAUUGCUCAUGGACGCUGCCGCGAAGCAGAGCUCAGAGAACACUCGUAUUUUGUCUGAUUCGGUCACUUUGCAAAAUGUUGGACAUUAUUGUCCCAAGUCGUUUAUGUCUCAAUGCCCUCAUUUUCGUAAUAAUUUUAACAAUAAUUCCAUGCAUUCAAUUGAUUACGCGGCUGAAAACCUGCUCCAAACAGAAUCCCCAAGGUGGCCUUUAUCAGACAAGCCCCUAGGCACAGAUUGGAGAAGGAAGAGUGAAACUACAGCAGAUCUACAUCUUUGCAAGCAUAAUGAGUCAGAUUUAUUGGAUACCGAAAUGUUCCCGGCCAACCAGCUUACUGCUAUAUCUGACUCUCUUGGGCAUCGUCCAUUUCAUUUAGGCUCAAAAGUAUUUAUGAAGCAACCUUUUUCAGCAAAUGAUAAAAAGCGUAAUUCCGCAAGCCAAAUAGAGCGAAGAAAUCUGUAA